AUCUGCGGACGGGCGGGAGGGAGUCAGGUCCCCGCGAUCUUCCUCGACCCGUGCGCUCUGCCCGGCGGCGGCGGCGGCGGCGCCGUCAGCUCUUAGCCGAGUUUUGCCUCCGCGUCCCCGCCAGCCCCGAGCCCGCGGGGGCAGACGGUCCGUCCCGGCGUGCGAGAGGAUGGUGAUCCGCGUGUUCAUCGCCUCCUCCUCGGGUUUCGUGGCGAUAAAGAAGAAGCAGCAGGAUGUGGUUAGAUUUCUGGAAGCCAACAAGAUAGAGUUUGAGGAGGUGGAUAUCACAAUGUCAGAAGAACAGAGACAAUGGAUGUACAAAAACAUUACCCCAGAAAAGAAGCCUGCUCAGGGCAACCCUCUGCCGCCUCAGAUAUUUAAUGGUGACCGAUACUGUGGAGAUUAUGACAGUUUUUUUGAAGCAAAGGAAAGCAACACGGUCUAUUCAUUCUUAGGCCUGAAACCACGAUUGGCAUCAAAGGCAGAACCUUAGAGAAGACAAGUGGAAGAUAACGGAGAUGCAUUUUGGAGUGCCCCCUGGUACUCAGCACACACCUGCUUACCUAAUGCGUCACUGUGACUAAAGCCACGUGCAUCAUCAGUAACUUUGCUUGCCAUGGAAAAGGUGUUUUUGGAAGACAUGGGUAUAAUGGGAUUGCAUGAUUGCUUUAAACCAAAUCAGGACUGUGGUGGUUUUUUUCUUAUUUUCAGGGUUGCCUGCAGUUGCCUCAUUCACCUGGAGGUACUCUAACCUGUUACAGGUGUGCUUCCGUAAAGACUAAAAGAUAAAUGGGUAGCACCAUUGGAGAGAAAAUGUUGGAUCUGCUCUAGGUUGUAGCUGAUGCCAGUAUUGCUCAGACCUGUCUCUCUUUAAGCGGCCUGGGUUGUAUCCUUGAAAUUAGUUUGCCAGACUAUUAGAAUCUUUUGAUCAGACAGAACAAAAGCAAUGCUGGUUGACAAAGGGCUGAAGAUUUUUGCUGCAAAAGUCACAGCCAUCACUAUUCCAGUGCUUUGUAAUAGCACCUAUAGAAAAAGAUGUUCUAGCCUCCUUUGGCAGUGGACACUCUUAUUUCCAUAAAUCCUCCAGACUCCUACAGAUGUUU